GCGUACUAUUCUAAUCUCGGAAUACCUUUGGAUUUAUUCUGAGUUAGAAUCGUGAAUGGUAAACAGGCGAGAACUUCCGGUUUAAACAACACGAGCACAUGUGUUUCGAUAAACAUGACGGAGGAUAAGAAUUUACCGUUAAAAAGGAAAAAGAAGAAAGUUGACGCAGAAAAACAGAACACUGAUUCACCAAAUAAGAAAUGCAAGACAGAAGAAUUCACAGAAAUUACGUUCAAAUACCUUCUGAGGGACCCAUCAACAACCUUUUCAGCUUUUGAAAAAUUUUCUGAGAGUGCAAGAAAGUGGCCUGAAGAGCAUGGAUAUGAUAUUGUUGCCGGAUACUGCCGAUCAUCAGCAGAAUGCAGCGAGGUGUUCAAAGUUCUUGAAGCAGGGAAACGGAAACCAGGGGAGUUGGCACUUGUCUUUGGAGUCCUGGAGGCCAUAUUGCUCAGGAUUGCAGAUGAUAUGGAGAAGUUUUCUGUGGUGGGCCAGAACAUUGUUCAAAGAUUGUUAUCUUCUCAAAUGGCCACCAUAUACUUCACCCUGCUAAUGACCAACAAGUCCGGCCACAUCAAAGUAACCCUCAGGCUGCUGACUGCUAUGGUGAUGCUAGGAGAACGCUCAGCCCGAAUGGUUCUCGCUCAGUUUGACUUCAACAACUCUGUUCUGCCACCAUUAUUGAACCGCAGAGACAAAAAGGACCCUAAGGAUGUACGUACAUGUCUGCUUCACUUCAUGAUGUCGUUCCUAAUCACUGGGAGUGAUGAUGUCAUCAAACAGCUGCUGGAACAAAGAGGUUUCGUUGGCAGCCUGAUACCUGGACUACAAGCCGACAGUGUUGGUAACAUACAGAUGGUGUUGUCUACCUUACUCAACAAGGUUGUCCAGAACCCUGCGGUCACUAAGACAUUGAAGGUUCGACUUUUUACAGAGUUCAACAUGAGAGCGUUGGGUCAGUUGUACCACUGGACAGGUCCUAGCACCUGGCAGAACCGACCAGCUGAUGACAACCUUGAGGUGGACGACGCAACUAAGACAGAGGAACAAAAAAUUGUUGCAGACAGCACUCACCAACUCCUUGUGGAGCUGUGUUCUUCACACAAAUUUGGAAUUAACUUUUAUGACAAAGCGCUUGGCACUUCUGGACAAAACCAAAACCACAUUUUGACAAGUUUCCUGACAUCCCUAACCAAAGUAACAGAGACACCACAGAUCCAGGAACUGAUUAUAAAGACUCUACGGGCAUGCCCAGACCAGCUGUGUCAUUUCCUGCCCUCCAUGUUAAACACCUUGUCACCACGACCUUCACCCAAGUGGCGGGCUUCCAUGGCAUUUCUCUGCAAGAUUUUCGAAAAGCAGUCGGAACUACCAGCAGCAUUCAAGUUACGAGACAGAGUGAAUGCCCAUAAGUUUGUGGACAUGUUGAUGGUCGACACCUUACCCCCACAGGAGAUGUUAUAUACUGUACUGCAGGCUCUCAAGCACAGACAUAUUGUACCACGUGACACAGUUCUAGACUUCAUCAAUAUGAUGCUGAAAAGAGGGAUGACUGCCCUGGCAUGUGUGACGGAGGACAACCUAAGUCACUGGUACACUGACACAGAAAGGGAUGACAUUAAACAAGACUACAGAGAGAAGGUCAUCAAGGCUAUCCCUGAUAUCAAGUCCCUGUUAAUGUGUUGGGAACACGCAACAACACUUGGUUCUGAGGCUAAGACACAGGAACCUGAGCACGAGGACACCAGACUCACAGAUGUCACCUUUGUGACCCCUCUUCAACACAUGAUUAAGAUACAGCAGACACUGUGUUUGUAUCAGGACCUUGUGCCCUCAGUACUUGUGGACGAUCCAGUCAUUAUCUACAAGUUACUGGCUGGUGUCAAAAAACUCUCACAGAAAACUGGAGCAGACCUUGACAGAUCAGAACGACAUGAACAAACAAUGGAGACAGACAAUGCAGGCAACCAAUCAGAAAAGGCCAACACUGACAAUGACCAAUCAGUAACGGCCGAUACUGGCAAGGACCAAUCAGAAAAGUCCACUGAAACUACGGUUCCAGCAGAUUCAAAAACAUUUGAUCACAUGCUCCCCCAGUUGUAUCUUCUCAAACUGUUAUCUAGGACCGAUGCCCGGAAACUUCCCUGGGGUAAAGAUAGUCAAGAUGGUCGCUCCCUGAUGCACAUAUUACUGGAGAUAAUGAUGGAGGUCAGUUCCCUCUGCCAGACUCCACUGACUAUCACUACACGGGACCUUAUCUCCCAGUUGCUGUUUAGUACCGGGUUGUUUGAGUACCACCAGGGGGAGCUGCAGUUGUGGAUCAGACAGUUCAGUAUGUCCAUGGAGAAUCUGGCCACAAGUGAAGAGAAGAUAGAGGUCAUCAAACUGCUGGCUCAUGUCUUCACGACCUUCAUCAAGAAUCCAUAUCCUUAUGUCGACAAGGUCAGUGAUUUUGUGUCGGAGGCCAUCACCAUGGAGACGACAGGGGGUAGUAACCUUGACAACAUCAGCAUUGGAACUCAUGACAGCAUUAUAGAUGGAAUCCUGGACAUGGAUGAGGAUAUGUUACCAGAGGAUACUGGAGAGUCUGACGCCACAGCAGAUGUACAUGACGAGGCCUUCAGGUUUCCCUACAGCCCAAUGGUGGUGAUUGCUUUGGAACAUCUGACCAAGACAGAAAAUAUGCCUCCGAGUGUGAAAAACUACAUGUCUGGAAUUGUCCUUGACCUUUUCCACUCCCAAAUACAGCCUCUCCCUCUGGUGUGUAUGCUGAACGCUUGCCAUGGAGAUCAGCUAGAGAGUGGGGUCAUCAAGUACAUAUUGUCAUGGUUACCAUCAGAAAAGUUUAAGAGGAUGAAAAUGCCCAAGGAAGGGAUACAGAUACUAUCCAGUAGACCACUGAUGCGUGCCUUCAUCAAGAUGUGUGCUAAGGCAGAAGAGGUGAAGGUCAAGGAACUAACAAAGAGUCUUGGUGAUUUGGAUGUGGAGGACAUGCUUCUUGUUGCCAAGCAACUGCUGCUGUAUUUCGUUACUCUGGAGAAAACAUGUGGCCAGACAGGAUCAAAAUCCAGUGUUGCUAUGGAAGUCCUUUUAGAAACACUUCAUGCAUUGAUACAAUUAUGUAUGACAAGACAAGCCACUGUUUCAGAAGAAUGUAAUGAUAAGUUAAAUGAUAGUAACUUUGAUCUGCUCUCUGACCUUGGUCAGAACGCAAGGUCAGAGCCUCUGUUUGAAAUGCUCCAAAUGGUUUUAACACAUCCUGUGUUGCUCAGAUGGUUCCUGUAUGACCCAACUGAUAAACUGGAGGAUCCUGCAUACCCACCACCGACAGUCAGCUGUCUUCAAUUUCUUGUCACAUCGCAAAUGAGCCAGAUCUUCUUAUCCAUUGAAAAGCAGGACCUCAGUCAGUUGUCACUGGUUCUGAAAAGAUAUGUGGAUAAAAUAAAAAAAUUCAUGGACUCCAUCAAAAACAGAAAUGAACCAAGUCCAACCUACCAAAAAUUGGUCGGACUGAUCCAGAACAACUUAGGGUUGUUUACAAAUUUCUUAGACAUAGAGGCACAGUUUUCACUCCUUCACACUGUCCUAUACCUACCGAAGACUUUACUUGUCAAUUCCUCAUCAGAGUUAUCUCCCUUGGGGAGUUUUCUGAUGAACCUUUUAGAAGAGAUCCAUAGUAACCUGUCUGUUCAUCACCACAGCUUCGUGUUUCUACAUAUUAAGGAUUUUGAGGUGUUGUUAGAGAUGAUGUGCAGUAUCGACUCAAAUGUUAUUGACAAUAAUUGUCAAAAUCUUCUGCAAACAUUUCCUCAUUUCUCUGUUGCGGUUACCAAGGAAACCAUGUGGCAUCUCCUGAAUAGCUCCUCCAUAGUAAAGCAUAAGAUAGCAAUGACUGUGGUCAAACAUAACUCCGUGGCCAGGUCAAAUCUUGAGGAAUGGAUUAUGGCAACAAAUAUCGACAGUGACCGGAAGUUUGUGAACAUCCCGUUACUGAACACCUACCUGCAGUGUGUAACGGACAGGAAAGCGGAAGCCACAGAGGCUGUUCACAAAAUCUACAGGGAUUAUGCGGACUGUGUGGGAACUUUGAUGGGAACAUCUGAACAGCACUCUGAUUUUAUAGGAGAUCUAUGUGAACUGGCUACCCUGCUGUGUAAGCUCAAAGUUAUAGACAUUGACAAACAGAAAGACAUUUAUCGGAGCAUUACUAGUAGUAUUAAGGCCAAAAAAACUGUGAAAAGGGAUCACAUCCAAGUGCUUCGUUACCUUUCCUCAUCUACACCAGGGGUCAGCACUGAGCCUGUCAUUACUGAGGCCCAGGUUUACUCUGUGUGUCGGAGAUGCUUGAUGUACACUCUUCAGAAAAAGGAGAAAUUAGAUGGGGAUUUAGUGGAAUACCUUCAAAGUCUUCUGUCUAAAACCAGUCAGGAUGUCAUCCAACAAUUGAAGCCAUCUGAGGUACAUAAAGAUUUCUCGUCCUUUGUGAAAGCAUGUUUACGAUCCCAGUACUCCAAUGCCAGUACUCAUAAGAUCCUCAACACGCUGGUGAAGAUGGUGUACUCAAGUGGAGAGACACUUGAUCUGACUCCCAACACUAUCUUUGACAUGGUACUCAGUCACUCAAUGUUUUUGUCGAUCAUACUUGACGAGGCAGGAUCUGAGGUCAAAGAGUGUUUGGUGGAUCUCCUGAUGACACUUGUGGAGCUUCGUCCAGACUGCUCUACCUCCAGUCAUAUAGGCAUAUACCUUGGAGCCUACAGUGCCACCCUGUCACAAACAGACCAAAAACUGCUGAGACUUCUUCACCUGUAUGAGAACAAUGAGGUCUCCAUGAAGGAGUACAGGCCAUACCUAUGGGGGUCAAAGGCCACAGAGCAGCACACCAUUAGGAAGUCCAUGGGGGCGUCUCUAUGGAAACAGCCAUCCACAGACCAAGUGUUGGAGUAUAUAGACCGUGACCGGCUACAAAGGUCAAUCGUCAAGUUUCCACUGCUACGGAAACUCCAGCCGGGCUUGCUACAGGACUUGUCAGUCUUCGGAGUUGAUGAUGACCUCUAUGACCCCUGCUUUAUCCUGCCAUUGUUUAGCAGUUUAUUGUCUCCAGAUUCUUAUGUAAACUGCCGAAAGUUUGCGGAGACAUUAUGUCUAGGAUACACCAUUGCCGCCCUGAGUUGCCAUGACGCUGGCGUGAGGGGUGUUGCCUACCAUGUUUUAGCCCAGUAUCUCCACCAUCUUGAGGGAGCACGUUUCCCAGAACAACAACAGAUGUUGUAUCUGGUCAGCCUGCUGAGAGACAGUGUGACACGCCCAAAUACCAAACUUGCCUGUACCAUCACAGUGUUUCUUGCCAGGAUGGUGUCGCUCAUGUUCCUGCAUGAUGACCACAUGUACAAAGUGAUGAACUACUUCCUGUUAUUGAAACCUGCGAUGGACAUCACCAAAGUGCCAGAGUUCUACAAACUGUUCAACAGUUCAGCCUUCGAGUUUAAGGUGGAAAGAUCAUGGAUUUUAGAUUUAUGUAAAGAUGGUUUGAGAGAGACACUGGACUACAAGUUGUUUGAGGCUCGUUAUGUCUUCAAACUCUUACUCAGCUUCCACGAUUCUGGUAUUAGUGACAACUCUUCUCAGCUGCAGGUAUUGGACAUAUUGAAGUCAGCCUCUGGACAAAGAACAGUGACUUUUUACCUAGUGAAGCAACAUGGGAUAUUGAGUUGGUUAACAGGUGUCAUAACCAGAAACAUUGGUGCUGGCAAGCUUGAAAUACUGUCUGAUAUACUCCACAAUCUGUGGUUUUCAAUGGUACGACACCGAUCCAUCAGGGGAAACAACUCUGAAAUAGACGAAGAAGGGCAGGAAACGAAAUGCUUGCCACUGGCCAUAUCCAGGGAGGUGCUGACUUGUCUUCUGUCGCUUGUCAGGUGUUGUGGGGAAGAAACAAUCCACACGGUAUACGAGAAAUGUUUGGAGACACUGGUGUCUGUGCUAAAUCACCUGAAGGAAUCUGUAGUGCUUCUCAAGGACAAGGGACAGGUGACUGUUACACCUCUAACCACACAGGAUGUCUGUGGUAUCCUAGUCAACUCGGCGAGAAUCGUCAAGGACAAAAACGUAGAAACAACUUGUACUGGGGCCUUAAAACUCUUGAAUGUAAAGGGAAAACAAUCAGGAAGCAAGGGGGCAUCUAGACAAGAGGUGAAACUGACAAAGGAUGGAAAGGCCAUUAUCCAAAAAGAAAAUGAAGACAUGACAGAAAAGACAGACAAAGGAUCAGAAGAAAAUGACACCAAUACAAAAAUUUGUCCUUUAAGUGUUGGUUUGCUGUUGCAUUGGAAACCAAGUCUACUUGUGUCAUGUGACACAGGUAAUGAUGGUGUUCAAGUCGUAUGUACUGUUGCCAUGGCAGCAAUUUCCUUCUUAGUAACUAGUCUUCCAUAUGUGAGCAACGAGACAUUGGUUGGCAUUGUGUCUUGGAUACACCAGCAUUUUAGUGCAGGAUCUCUGGCCAAGCAUUUCAGGGACACAGAAAAGAAGGAGUUUGUGAGGUGUCUCCUUCAGAUCUAUAAUGUACUGUAUAACACUAGUAGUGACAAGCUUUAUGUAGACUGUGAUUCUUGUACAAAAGAGUCUGUAAGACCAUGUUUAAAUGAGGUGUUGGUGAAGAUGAAUGAACUGAUGCGUUACAUAGCCAGUCAUGAGGAAGGAGAGAUGUCGCCAGUUUGGAGGGAGUUCUUCUGCAAUUUGAACACAUCAGGUCUGUCAGCAGAAGAUGUGUCUGUUGAAAUGAGGAGGUAUUUUCUUGGAUGUCCCUCACCUGAGGACAAAUCUGACAUCAAUGCCCUGAAAAAGGCCUCAAAUAGCCCACAGAAAAAGCAAAAGAAGAAGAAGAAAACAUCAAAGAGUUAGUAUUCUCCAGCUCAGAUUUACCAAUGGAUUUGGAGGAAUCAGUGAAUGUAUUCUCCAGCUAAGAUUUAACGAUGGAUUAAGAGGAAUCAAUGAAGUUAAUAUUCUUUUGGAUUGUGAGGAAUGGAGAAAUACUGCCAUAUAUUUUUAUAUGAAGUAUUUAUUAGAGAGAGCGUGGAUCUUAAUUUUAUUGAGUUAUGGAAUAGAGCUAAAAAUAAUCUAUUAUUGUUUAAUUAUACCUAUAACUUAAUGUUGUAUAUCUUAUCAAUCAUUCAUACAUAAUAUCUGAUUUAUAGAGGAAUAUGGGGAGCAACGCCAUCCAUAAGUUGUCCUUUGGUCUUUAGGUUGUCCAUAUGUCCUAUAAUACCAAGGAGAUAUUUCAUUCUUUUUCAUGUACACCUGACAAACUGCAAAACAUGUGCUAGAUUUUUAAUAGUAAGAAAACUUUUUGUGAAACUAGACCUAAUGAAAGGUUUGAUUGAACAAAUGUGAUCCUGUGAGAAAGCUAAAAAUGAAAGACAUGUAAGUGAAAUAUGUUGAAGUCACUGGAGUUGCAGCAUUAGACUGAAGAGGUUUAUCUGCAGACCGAGGGAAUCCUUGAGCAGGUCACCAGACUACUCCUGUUUCAGGGUGCUUGUUAACUCCCUGUCAACAUCUAUCACCAGAAGUGCAGGACUUGGAUUGAAAGAUAAAGUCCAUCCCCUCACGUCACCUGAACUCAGCUUCGAAGUAAAUAUUGAUAUAUGGGAGUCAUACAUGUGCAGCACAACUUGUACAUACAUAUGUAAGAGGUGAAUAAAGAAAUGGGAAUUAUUUCAAA